AGGAAAAAACCUAACAUAGGUUAAUAUAAAUAUCGUUGAAUUCAACACAUUUCUUCCUUUCUCAUCCAUCUUCAAUUGGCGGGAAAAAUGAACUGAGCAACGAAAUACGCCAUACUUCCGCAAGAAAGAGAGAGAUAGAGAGAUGGUACAAUGCUUUAUGCAACUCAAUCGUGUUUCUCUCCCUAUUUUACUCAGCAAGUUUCGCUUUUUUCAUGGCAUUUCAUUGGAAGAAUACCCAGAAUUGCUUGAACGUUGCAUUCAAACUAAAUCUCUUAAAGAUGGCAAGAUUAUCCAUCAGCAGAUUCUUAAAAAUGACGACUACCAUGGAAAUGUCAGUUCUUUCGCGCUCGAAAAGCUCGGCCGCUUGUAUCUUACUUGCGGCCGAAUUGGUAGUGCACGCCAUGUGUUUGAUGAAAUUCCUGACCCAACUGUUAUUAUGUGGAAUUUGAUGAUCCGGGCAUAUGCUUGGAAUGGACCCUUUGAAGCUUCUGUUGAUUUGUACUCCCAAAUGUGCAUUUCUGGGACCAUCCCCACUAAGUUUACCUUCCCUUUUGUUCUUAAGGCAUGUUCGAGUUUGAAUGCAAUAGAACGCGGUGAAGAGAUUCAUAAUCAUGUUUUACGACUUGGGUUUGACUCGGAUGUGUACGUUUCCACUGCUUUAGUCGAUUUGUAUGCAAAAUGUGGGGAGAUAGCUCGAGCUGAGAAUGUCUUUUAUGGCAUGCAGUGUAGGGAUAUUGUGGCUUGGAAUGCCAUGAUUGCUGGUUUUUCACUUCAUGGGUUUUAUGAUGAUAUGAUGAGAUUGGUUGUUGAAAUGCAGCAAGCAGGAAUAAGCCCUAACUCCUCUACUGUUGUGACUAUAUUACCAGCAAUUGCUCAAGCUAGUGCCUUGACUCAUGGGAAGGCGAUCCAUGCGUAUUCUGUGAGGCAGGGAUAUAGCAAUGCAGUUAUGGUGGGGACAGGGCUUGUGGAUAUGUAUGGGAAAUGUGGAUGCAUUUCUUAUGCUAGGACGAUCUUUGAAUUUUUGGGUGUCAGAAACGAAGUCACUUGGAGUGCAAUGAUUGGUGCAUAUGUUGUAUCUGAUCACAUGAAUGAAGCUUUGGGGUUGUUCAACCAUAUGUUGCUCGCAGAAGCUGGAAGUCCAUCACUAGUUACUCUUUGUUGUGCACUUCGAGCUUGUACGAAGCUGAUUGAUCUAACUAAUGGGAGAAGGAUCCAUGGUUGCAUUUUGAAAUCAGGGCAUCUUUCAGAUUUAAUGGUUAGCAACACAACUCUUUCUAUGUACGCAAAGUGUGGUAUAUUAGAUGAUGCUGUCAAGUUUUUUCAAGAAAUGAAUCCAAUAGAUAGAGUCUCUUAUGGUGCAAUGAUUUCUGGGUGUGUCCAAAACGGUAACACUCUUCAAGCCUUAAAUUUCUUCAGGAAUAUGCAGUUUUCAGGAUUUGAUCCAGAUGAGACUACUAUGCUCUCCCUGCUACCAGCUUGUUCUCAUUUGGCUGCUUUAAAAAAUGGGGCAUGUGCCCAUGGAUAUUCUGUAAUUCGUGGUUUUGUGGCUGAUACUUCAAUCUGUAAUGCGCUGAUUGAUAUGUAUGCAAAGUGCGGAAAGGUCAAAACUGCUAGGGAAGUUUUUAAUAGGAUGAAUAACCGUGACAUUAUCUCAUGGAAUACUAUGAUUGCCGGCUAUGGUAUUCAUGGCCUUGGCUCAGAUGCCCUUGCUUUAUUUGAUGAACUAAGAACUACAGAUCUAAUUCCGGAUGACAUAACAUUCAUUAGUCUUUUGAUUGCUUGCACUCAUUCAGGUCUUGUUGUAGAAGGGAAAUACUGGUUCAAUGCUAUGCGAGGGUUUCAGAUUGUUCCUAGGAUCGAUCACUGUAUAUGUAUGGUUGAUCUAUUGGGUCGAGCAGGUCUUCUAGAGGAGGCUAGAAGUUUCAUUGACAAUAUGCCAUGCACACCCAAUGUUCAUGUAUGGAGUGCCUUACUCGCUGCAUGUAAAACCCACAAGGAUGUUGAAUUGGCUGAAGAGGCAUCAAAGAGGAUCCACAAUCUGGGUCCUGAAAGUUCUGGAAAUUUCGUGCUUUUGUCUAAUAUAUACAGUUGUGCUGGGAGAUGGGAGGAUGCAGCUUCUGUUAGAAUCACACAGAGAGAUCAGGGUUUUAAGAAAAGGCCAGGAUGUAGUUGGGUCGAGAUAAAUGGCACUAUACAUGCAUUUGUUGGUGGUGACUAUUCACAUCCACUAUCAGAACAAAUAUAUAAGAAAUUAGAGGAGCUGCUGACUGAUAUGAAAAAGCUGGGGUAUCAGGCAGUCUCCGGUGUUGUAUUUCAGGAUGUUGAAGAAGAAGAAAAGGAGCAAAUUCUUCUUUAUCAUAGUGAAAAGUUAGCUAUUGCAUUUGCUACAAUUAGUCUGAGCCAAAGCCAGCCGAUUUUUGUUACCAAGAACUUGAGGGUUUGUGGUGACUGUCAUGAUGCUAUUAAGUACAUCACUCUUGUCACCAAGAGGGAGAUAACGGUUAGGGAUACCAGUCGUUUCCACCAUUUUAAAGAUGGUGCAUGCAAUUGUGGAGAUUUUUGGUAACCUUUUGGGACAAACGUAAUGAUAUAUAUUCUUGUGAAGAGACAUAUUUGCUACUCUGACUUGUUCUGCUGAAGGCCAAGAUCAUAGAGUUUCAGGACAGGUAAUAUCUUCUUCUCAUUUAUGAUUACACUAACUAUUGACAAAACUAAAGGAGAUCAGAGUUCACAGCUCAUAUUAAGGCCUUGUGGUUGAUAGGAAAGCACAUUGAAGCAUAAUCAUGUCUUAUAGAAGUCUCUCGGCCAAGGUUGGUUGCUGUGUAACAGCAUGGUCCCAUAUCAAAAUCUGCUUGUUCAAUCGGGCUAUGCUAACUGAAGUAACAGAUUAGACUUCAGAACCAUGUUUUCCCAUGUGAAGGUUGAUAACCAGGUAGUUGGGUUUAUGGUUGAAUGAAGAAGGAACAAGCAGCCGAUCACUUUUUCUUUUGAUAGAAAACGUGGUGCUUGCUGCUUCAUCAUUUCCAACAUAAGCACGAUUAUCAACCAUUAGAGUCACUUGGAAACUGUUGUACAAGAUGGGUAUUUAAUUAUGAAUCCCAAUGUUCUAUACGCUAGCAACCGUGGAGUUUCUCUUCUGCUAGCAUGACAUCCUAAGAGGACAAAGGAGAUUGGACCCGUUCUACAGAUAGGGGGACAAAAAUAAAUUUCUAGAUGACUGGAUGCUUCAUGUACAGGUUACGCUGCUUUCGAUAACAUAGGACGAGAAUGACAUAAGUGGAGCUGAGAUCCUGGCAAUAGAUAAGAUGAUUGAAUUUUCUCUCCUCGAACUAGAGUGCUCAUUUGUGCCUGAUUCAUCAAAUACAGGCUUCGGUGUGAAAGAGGAUAAUGGAGGUUCAAAGGAGCAUGGGUUAUUUCUCGCUAAAAAGUUUUAAUGUCAUUCAUAAUGGAAGUAGAGCAUUGAUAACUCUCGUAAAAGAGUGCCAAAUAGUGUUCUCUAUUGAAUAUUGAAGAGGUUUUAGCAGUUGAAAGUAACAACU